AUGGGCACAACCGCCUGCUCCGUCUCGCGAAGACUGGAUGGAAAGGAGUGCCAGCCAUGUGGGGCACAAGAUUGCCGCGCGGCGCUGGAGAGAGACUUUACUACGGACUGUAUGCACCCCGGCCUUGCCCAGGAUACCAGUGCGCAGCGCCUGCAGUUCCUUGCAAAGGUCAAGCUCUUCCAACGGCUACCCGUGGAGCAGCAUAGCGUCCUCGCAUCAGCUUGCAAAGUGGUCAAGUUUAACGAUGAGGUGAUCAUCCAUCAAGGCGAGGAAGGAGACGAGCUCUUCGUGAUCCAGGAAGGUGAAGCAGAAGUCCUGCUGGGUGACAAGCCUGUGAUCCUGCGGGCCGGUGACUACUUCGGAGAGACAGCCCUGCUAAGAGACGCCACGGGCCGCGACGGUCCAGGCGAAGGGGCCACUCCAGGCGCCAUGUCCGAUUGCUGCCAGGACCCGCAGGUGUGGUGGCGAGCUACUGGAGAUGAGGUGCUGGGCCCGAAAGGGACCAUGUGGCCCGAAAGGGCUUGA